AUGUGGAAGCCGCCCAAGUUUCGGAGACCGCCAACGGUUCCGAGUUAUCAACCGACGGAGGAAGAAUUUAAGGACCCGCUGGCUUAUAUUAGUUCGAUUCGGGCGGAAGGAGAGCGUUAUGGAAUCGUUAAAAUCUGCCCUCCUCCAAGCUUCAAUCCGACAUUCUCCUUGGACAUGGACGAUUUCAAAUUCCGUCCUCGACGACAACGAAUCAGUGAACUUUCCGCAUGUACCCGUGUGCGUCAAAAUUUCCUCGACAAAGUUUCCCGUUUUUGGGAAUUUCAAGGAAUCGCGCUGAAAAUUCCGCGCGUUGAAAACGAGCUGCUCUGCCUCUUCACCUUUCAUGAGAAUGUUCAAAAGCUUGGCGGCUUCGUCAAAUGCUCCGAAGAUAGGAAAUGGGGUGAACUGGCGCUUUCCCUUGGAUUUGCUUCCAAGUCGGGCUCGGCAAGUGCGCUGAGAGGACAUUACGAGCGAAUUUUGUAUCCUUUCGAUGUGUUAACACAAGACCUCAAACCAGAAUCGACCCAUCCAAGCCGUAGAUCCUUACCUAACAAGGCAAAACUUAUCCGCCAGCAAAGGAAUACCCAAGGUGAAGGAGAAGAAACAAAAUCAGAAGCAAAAAUCAUCGGCGGCGUGGCGAAUAAAGAACUGGCCAAGCUGAAACUCUUCGGCGCUGGCCCGAAAAUGCAGGGCCUCGGCAUCAGUCCCACGCUGGAGAUAACCGAUAACGGCAGAGCGAUGAGAAAGCGAGAAUCUGCUGGGAAAACAGAUUCGCCGAGGAAGCAUGCCGACGUUACGCUGCGAUGUAUCAAAUGUGGCUUACAAAUUCUUAUGGCUGAUGUUGUCCCGAAAUUGUUCGAAGUUCCCAAGGAUAAAUGGCAUUGCUGGGCCUGUAUGAAGACAUUCGUUCCGUCGUUAUUAAAGUCAGAAAAGUUUGGCUUUGAGCAAUCAGAGCGCGAAUACAGUCUCCGGGAAUUCGGCGAACGAGCAGACGAAUUCAAACGCGCCUAUUUCGGCCGCCCUCCUCAUGAGAUCAAUCCUAACGAUGUCGAAGAAGAGUUUUGGCGACUUACAGAUGAGAUCGAAGGCGAUUUGACUGUUGAAUACGGCGCUGAUAUUCAAGCGCUUGAAAAGGGAUCCGGCUUUUGCUCGCGUUUUAAUCCGCCUGGCUCGCUAGAAGAUAAGCAUUAUAAAGAUCACCCUUGGAAUCUGGUGAAUUUGCCCGUUGCGAAAAAAUCUGUCUUGCAAUACAUUGACGGUGAUAUCUCCGGCGUAAAGGUCCCGUGGUUAUACGUUGGCAUGAUGUUUAGCGCCUUCGCCUGGCAUACCGAAGAUCAUUGGACCUAUUCGAUCAAUUAUCAUCAUUUUGGAGAGCCAAAAAUUUGGUACGCAGCGUCGCGGUUUGCCGCGGAAAAUUUAGAGCGAGUUUAUCGCAACGAAGCAAAAGAUCUCUACCGACACAACCGAGAUCUCAUGCACCACAUCACCACUACUUUGUCUCCAGCGGUUCUAUUAGAAAAUAACGUAGAAAUCUACAGAGCUGUCCAGAGCCCUGGAGAAUUUAUCGUCACCUUUCCGAGGGGCUACCACGCCGGAUUCAACACUGGGUUGAACAUGAAUGAAGCAGUCAAUUUUUGCCCGCCCGAUUGGAUCACCAUUGGUCGACAAGCCUUGAAAAACUAUCGCACAGUGCAGCGAUAUAACAUCUUCAGCCAGGAUGAGCUGAUUUUGAAGAUAGCCCAAGAAGCAGCGAACAACAAUUCCGUGUGCGGAUCGAUCGUCACUCUAGCUCACCAGGACAUGAAAUUUAUGAUCGACAGAGAAGUGCACGAGCGUACUCAAAUUAUGAAACUUAUCAAUCCGAAGAUAACGAAAACCAGGUUAAAAUCGGAUACGUAUUGCGGCAUUUGUCAAACCGCAGUUUACUGCUCAUACAUUGUUUUUGACCGAAGAUCUGGCUUGAAAUUAGAAAAUGAUGAAGUCUACGAGGUUCCUGAAGGUUUCGUUGAUCAGGGAAUCGAGAAAGGCCGCGACCAUCUUUUAUGCCUUGUUUGUUCGAUUUCAAAGCUGGAAUGUUGCGACAUCAAGCCUCAACAUGUGAAUCUCAUGGUCAAUUGGGAUAUCUCCGAUUUGAAAGAACUCAAUGCUCGACUCAAACAAUCUCUUGCUGAUUUCGAAGCUUGGGAGGCAAGAAUCAAUAGCUUUCCCGACGAGGAUGGCAGCUUCGACGAUUUCAAGGAACUUCUUGAAGCUGGAAAGUAUUAUGAUACAACAAGAGUGUACCAAAAAGUUCGUCAGACUGUCGAAGAAGCAGAGAAGGUGAGGGUGCUGAUAGAAGAAGUCUUCAACUCAAACACACGGCCUGUUCUUACUCACAACGACCUGUCAACCCUUGUGGAUCGCAUCAAAACAUUCCCAUUCGAGCUUGAAAAGACAGGUAUGCUGACCGAGCAGCUCAGACGAGCGAAUACUAUCCUCGACGAGCUGAAAUUCGACGAUUUGACCGUGAAAAUAUGCGAAAAUCUUAUCAAUCGUGAACGAAGCCUAUUAUUUGAAAUUGUCGACAUGAAGCUCAUUCGCGAAAUGCAAUCGGUUAUUCGCUGGCUACCAAAGCUCUCAGCAAACUAUCCAUCACUAGAAGCGGCGCAAAAGAUCGUCGACGAAGGAUACAGCAUGCCAGGAUUUGAGAUCAACAAAGCAUUCUUGGCCCGCUUGGAGAAAUUCGAAAAAGAUCUGGAGCACGCAAGGAGACUUGAUGUUCAAGCGCAAGAAUAUUUGAACUCGCCAGAUCAUACCGACUUUGUUCAGGUGGAUUGUUUCGUUGAAAACAUGCGCUUUGAAGCAGUUCUCAUGCGUCAGUUCUCGCCUAAAUACUGUGUUGAGCUCAGUGAAGAGCGGAAGGCAUCCUAUCAGUGGAAAGACAAGCUCCAAAAGUUCCUAAAGCCACGACCGGAUUGUGAGGCUCCAAGUCUGCAAACAGCCAACCGGCUUCUCAAGCUUGCUGAGAAACUGCAACUCCAUCCGAUUCAAGUUGGCGAACUGCACGAAAAAGUCGAAAAGGCGGAAGAAUGGAUUGAAAAACUUCGAAAGAUCUUCAUAAAGAAAGGAUGCGUUUGGAGUCUUAAAGAGGUUCUGCUUCCAAGGACGGCGGAAAACGCAAAUCUUACGGCCAAAGAACUAAAAGACCGAAAGAAGCGCAACAAAAGCACAGAUGACGACAUCGAUGGUGAUGAUAUCACCGACGAAAUGCUAAUUGAUGCGACGGAAAGGAAGACAUCUGAAGAUUACCGACUUAUGGAAAAGAUAGAACUCGAGACAAUGAAAAACCUAAGAGCUGCAAACAAAGAAAAGCUAAAAUUCGAGAACUCGACUUUCUGCAGCUGUCAGCGCGUCGCGAAAUCGACUAUGUUUCCCUGCGACUUAUGCGGAGAGUGGUACCACGCACUGUGUCACAGACGAUCCUUUCAAAAGUUCGAAUUGUGUUUCCGUUGUGUUCGAAGUAGACGGCCCAAUCUCAACCAAGUUCUUCCUCUUUUACACGAUCUUCAAAACAUAGGCCUUCAAUUCGAAGAGUCGGAAUAUCUCCAAGGGCUGAUCGAACGAGUAAUUACCUGGCAGACGAAUUACAAGUGUCUUAUUCCUAACCUAUCACGUGAUUCUGACAGAACAUUCGCCCGUGCGAUGAAUCUUUACCUUGAAAGCUUGCUUCUAGAGGUCUCCAGCGACGAUCAAACCCAUUUGCUCGAGAAGAUGAAGGAGAAAUGGCCUCACAUUUUCAAGCAAGAAGCACCGGAAGGCGCCAUUCUCGGCGAGGAAACAAAGGCGCCGAAUCGUAAACGACGCGAUAAGGAUGCCGAUCUCCCGCGACGCUCGCAGAAUCCGCGGAAGAAAAACAAAGGAGCUCGGACUCAAUUCCAGCAAGAAACUAGUGAAAACGAGGACGACGACGAGGAUGUUGACGAUGAUGGACCUUGCGCUGCUGGCCAAUGCAAGCGUCCAGACGGCAACAAAGUCGAGUGGGUGUACUGCGAGCGCUGCGCAAAAUGGUACCACAUGUUCUGCCUCAACGUUAACCCGAAAGACGUCCGCGACGACCCGGACUUCGUCUGCUCCAACUGCCAGAUCCUCGAAGCUGCAACAAGUUAA